AUGGAAGCAAACCGAAAGAGAAACCGAGGACUUUUGAAAGGAAAGCUAUCACCUCUCUUUAGAACAUCAAAACCUUCAACAACAACAUUAGAAUUCACAACAACCAACGUUAAACCAAAUCACUCUUCACCUUCCCCUGCCUCUCAUGUUGUUGUAGUCCACAAAGAGUAUGCAAAGCCAAGCCCAAAAGUUUCCAUUGUGGUAACAGAUUGUUGGAGUGACAAUUUUCCAACGGAUGAAAGUGUUGACAUGAAAGCUUCAAUUUAUAUAUCUAUGGUUCAACAACGUUUGAAAGAUGAACAAAAACAAGUUCAUGAGAAUUGA